UCGGGCGGCGGGGCCGGGGGUGCGGGGCGGCGGGACGAGGCUCCCUCCGGCGCGGCUUCAGCCCUCCUCUUCCGUCCGCAGGUGCGGCGACGAGAUGUUGCGGCGACCGGCGUGGCAGGUGCUUCGCCAGUUUGUAAGACAUGAGUCUGAUACAGUUGGCUCCUUGGUACUUGAAAGAUCCAUGAAUCGUGUUCAGUUACUUGGUCGGGUUGGGCAGGACCCUAUCAUGAGACAAGUGGAAGGAAAAAAUCCUGUUACCAUAUUUUCUCUUGCAACCAAUGAGAUGUGGCGAACAGGGGAAAGUGAGGUAACCCCGGGAGGUGAUAUCAGUCAGAAGACAACAUGGCACAGGAUCUCUGUCUUCAGACCUGGCCUCAGGGAUGUUACUUACCAGUAUGUGAAGAAGGGUUCUCGAAUCUUUGUUGAAGGGAAGAUAGACUAUGGUGAAUAUACAGAUAAAAACAACGUGAGGCGUCAGGCCACGACAAUUAUUGCAGAUAAUGUAAUUUUUCUGAGUGAUGGUGGUAUGAGAGAAAAGGUGUGAGGUCAUUAGUGCUUGGACCCAGGCCAUUUCAUUCCUUUUGUUUUACAGUGCUUCAUAAUUCUGUAAUCAUGUGUAUUGCUGUAGUUUCUUUAAAAAUAAAUAAAAUGUUUGAUACCUA